UUGUUGGGCGAGUCGCGAGCACUAGUGAGUUCGUCUGUCACGUGAGUCGUGAGAGAGGAUCAGUAGAGCAGAAGGGUACAAUGGUUUCAGCUACGAAGGAGUAGUCAAGUAAGGUCCUCCCAAUUUUGUGAGAGAUUUUAAAAUCAUCCCGAAUUCAUCGGGCGCUGCUGAUUUCGAUAUCUUGAGCAGACGUGGCAGGUACGCGUAUUUGACUCAAUCCGAGCAAAAUGACAGAAUAUUGGUUGAUAUCAGCACCGGGUGACAAAACUUGUCAACAAACGUGGGAGACGAUGAAUAAUUUAACAUCGAAACAGAAUUCAUUGUCUGAUAAUUACAAGUUUCACAUUCCUGACUUAAAAGUUGGGACACUGGAUCAGCUGGUAGGUUUGUCGGAUGAUCUAGGUAAGCUGGAUGCAUUUGUCGAGCAGGUGACGCGUAAGGUCGCAACCUACUUGGGUGAGGUAUUGGAGGACCAGAGGGACAAAUUGCACGAGAAUUUAAUGGCUAAUAACAGUCAAACGUCAGUGGACGGGGAGAACUCGAGCAUCGAAGGGGGUCCGGACACCCCGCCAAACACUCCUGUCACUCCGUCACACAAGACUUCCAAGGACCAUCACAUCCAGUGGAAGGAUCCGGACAAGUCUGAACCAGAGCCAGCAGCCUGCUUAGGUCAGCAUCAUCACCAACGUCAUCAUCGCCACAACCAUCAUCAACACCACCACCACCAAAACCAUUGUAACCAUAACCAUCUUUCCAAUUCCGAGAAAAAGUCAUCAUCCAGUACCCAAGGCGCUUGUGAUGUCCGAACAUCAAAUGAUUCGUCAUCGAUGUACUCGUGCUACCAUGCGCAUUGGUGCGCUGCUUCUACUCCCUCGACUCCUUCUCCCAGUCCGACCCGUGCAAGUUCCUCCCUUUCCUUCUCAUCGAACUGUAGCAGUGAUGAAGAUGGUAGAUGGCAGCAGGCGGCACAUCAUCGGAAUGCCGAUAAGACCCAUCGACGCUCUUCGUCCAAUUGCAAAUCGCUCGCUGAUGACAACGACGACGCAGACAUUGAGGACCAAGACAACCAAGACCAAGACCAUAGUGGCAUUUUGCCGAUUCCAGGUGAUCUGCCGACCUACAUAACUCGAUUUCAAUGGGACAUGGCAAAGUAUCCAAUUAAACAGUCAUUGAGAAAUAUUGCUGAUAUCAUCAGCAAACAAGUUGGACAAAUCGAUGCAGAUCUAAAGACCAAGUCUACUACUUAUAAUAAUUUAAAGGGUAGCUUACAAAAUUUGGAAAAGAAGCAAACCGGCAGCUUGCUAACCCGAAAUUUGGCUGAUUUGGUUAGAAAGGAACAUUUUAUACUUGACAGCGAAUAUUUAUCCACUCUCCUUGUAAUCGUUCCGAAGGCAGGUUUUCAUGAAUGGAAUGCUAUUUAUGAGAAGUUGACGGACAUGAUCGUUCCACGAAGUUCACAACUCAUUACACAAGAUGCGGAAUAUGGAUUAUUUACAGUAACCCUAUUUAAAAAAGUAAUCGAAGAAUUUAAAUUGCAUGCCCGUGAAAAGAAAUUUAUAGUUCGUGAUUUCACGUAUAAUGAAGAGGAACUUGCUGCUGGCAAAAAUGAAAUUACCAAGUUGGUGACGGACAAGAAGAAACAAUUUGGACCUCUGGUUCGUUGGCUGAAAGUGAAUUUCAGCGAAUGUUUCUGUGCCUGGAUUCAUGUCAAAGCUCUACGUGUCUUUGUUGAGUCGGUUUUAAGGUAUGGGUUGCCAGUCAAUUUUCAAGCAAUUCUCCUUCAUCCACACAAAAAGAGUACAAAACGUUUACGCGACGUUUUAAAUCAACUUUAUGCUCAUCUCGAUUCUUCCGCAACAGCUUCCGGUGGAAAUCAAGAUAGCGUAGACAUUCCAGGCUUGGGCUUUGGCCAGAGUGAUUAUUAUCCCUACGUUUAUUACAAAAUAAACGUAGAUAUGGUCGACAAUAAAGUUUAAUCGAAAUAAUGCUAAAUCGAUGAUAAAUCCAGCACACGAUUCGGCAUAUUUCAUUCAUCUUCACUCGGAUUUUGGAUUGGGAAACACAAAAAUCUCUUAUUUCUAUACGUGACGAAAUAAUUGGCCUUUAAUGAAUUUGCUUAAGUUGUAAAAAGUUGUACGAGUCUGAGGUUAUAUUAUUGAAUUUAUUCGAUUUUAGGUGAAAAAUAGAGAAAAUCGAUAAUUAUAUGGAAAGCAAUAUUUUUAUAGCGUUGCGAAAAUAGUCUCCUCAGUGCAAAGUCGGGCGUCGAUGCAUAAUAUAUUAUUAGACAAAAUGUCAAUGUAUCUACUUGUACAAACUUUGCAGUCGACUUGUUUAUUUUUAUGAAUUACGUUCCUACAAUCCAGAUUAUAUUACUUUAUACACGUUUUCCACCAAAGACGUUAUUACCGCUGUUUUAUAGAACGAAUUUUAGGGAAAGAAAAGAAACAAAAAA